GUCAGUUAGUCAGUCAGAGAGAGUCAGAGUGAGCCUGCGACAGAAAAACAAGCGAGGAGAGAGCGAGUAUUACACGCUCCGUUCGGGAUUGUAAAGAAAUAAAACAAUAGCGACACACAUGUGGAUUUAAACGUCACUCGCGUCGCGUUAGCUGCUCAGUUUUUUUUUUAUUUAAAAUUUCUGUGGCGUGUUGAGUGUGUCGCCGUUUGUCCAUUCUCUCUGGAGUGAACACUAAGGGGGACUCCAUGAAAGAUGACAGAGGAGGUGAUUGUUGUAGCCAAGUGGGACUACACGGCCCAGCAGGACCAGGAACUUGACAUCCGUAAAAACGAGCGUCUCUUCCUGCUGGACGACUCAAAGACCUGGUGGCGCGUCCGCAACGCCGCCAACCAGACGGGCUACGUGCCGUCGAACUACGUCGAGCGCAAGAACAGCCUGAAGAAAGGCUCGCUGGUGAAGAACAUCAAAGACACUCUGGGUUUGGGAAAAGCCAAGCGGAAGCCGAGCGCCCGCGAUGCUUCCCCAACGCCGAGCUCUGACACAGAGUAUCCCUCCAAUGGCAGCGGAGGAGGAGGAGGAGGGGGUGGAGGAGGGGGUGGAGGAGGAGGUGGAGGAGGUGCAGCAGAGAGAAUCUACGACCUCAACAUCCCCGCCGUGGCCAAGUUUGCCUACACAGCAGAGCGGGAGGACGAGCUGACCCUGGUCAAGGGAUCCCAGGUGGUAGUGAUGGAGAAGUGCAGUGACGGCUGGUGGCGGGGCAGCCAGGCCGGCCACGUGGGCUGGUUUCCCUCCAACUACGUCCAGGAGGAUGUGGGAGGUCCAGACGACGGAGGAGAGGCAGAUGCCUCGCGGGGCUUCCACGCGGGCCCGCAGGGCACUCUGCUGGCCAACGGGCGCGCGGGCGGUCACGCCGCCGUGCUCCACCUCGUUCAGACGCUCUACCCCUUCAGCUGCGUCACGGAGGAGGAGCUGAACUUUGAGAAGGGAGAGGUGAUGGAGGUGGUGGAGAAGCCCGAGAACGACCCGGAGUGGUGGAGGUGUAAGAACUCUCGUGGCAUGGUGGGCCUGGUGCCUAAGAACUAUGUGAUGGUGGUGGACGAGCUGCCGCCCGGCCGGCCCCCCACGACCUCCAGCUCCCCGCAGAACCGCACCUUGGCGCCGGCGCGCAUGGGCAAGUUCGCCGGCAGGGACUGGUACUACGGCAACAUCACCCGGCACCAGGCCGAAUGUGUGCUCAACGAGCGCGGGGAGGAAGGCGACUUCCUCGUACGAGACAGCGAGUCAUCGCCCAAUGAUUUCUCCGUGUCCCUGAAGGCGACGGGGAAGAACAAGCACUUUAAAGUGCGUCAGACGGAGGGAGUUUACUGCAUCGGCCAGCGCAAGUUCGGCUCCAUGGAGGAGCUGGUGGAGCACUACAAGAAAGCCCCCAUCUUUACCAGCGAGCACGGCGAGAAGCUGUACCUCAUCAAAGCGCUGCUGUGAUUCCCGCGUCCUCACACUUACACUGGAUCACGCACCCAAACACACGAUACUAACACCCGCUCCCUAACUUGUCUUGACUCCAGCCUGAGCUCAGACUCUUGUCCGUCUGAGGACGUCUUCGCGGCCACGUCCCUCCCCUCGUGUGACGACUGAGGCCUUGGCGAGGGUUCCGCUCUCCUUCUGAUGUCAUAAAAACACAGCAGGACAGAAACGGCCGCUUUCUUCCGCAGACGUUGUAAGUUGAAACCAUCGCUCUUCAUCCCACACAGACAUUAUCAGACGCCGGCCAUGGUUUUUACUUUGUCCACUUCUUCUUCUAAAUGUAUGUUCCUGACACUAACUUAAAUCCCUCUCUGGAGGUUUUUGACUUCACAAAGUGACCAGAAUCGCUCUCUUGCCUUUUUUUUUUUUUCUCCUUAUUAUGUUCACCAUUCCUCAUAAAAAACAUAAUUUCUUACACGAUGUCUUAUCUGUCACCGUCUCCACUCAUCAUUAUGAUUCUUAAUAAAACGUGGACACAGCACUUCAUUCAUUCAGUGUGGGGAAAGUGUUCAAAUGCAAUAGGGGAGAAGAGCUCUUGGUUUUUUUCUGUCGAGUUUGAAUGUUUAUCGAUGUAACCAAAUGUGCCGCCCUGUGCCCGUACCUGUACGACUGCACUCACCGCACUCCACCGUCAUUCACAGCUGUGUGCUCACGCCUUUAUAUUGUGUCACGUUGAACAUGUUCUCCAGUUAUGUGUCUGUAGCAUAGACUGUAUAUGAAAACGUUUUCUUCACGUGUCCAAAUUGCUCGUUUUAGGUCCUUUCAUCCAUAGAAUACGAUGUCAAAUUUGCAAUUUGUGCUCACGUCUAGAGUCGUUUGAGUGGACGCCAGAGAGAUUGACGGCCGGUAUCGUCCAGUAGAGCUCCGGGUGUCAGGUUUUCGCAAAAGCCUUGCAUUUUCACCAAACACUUUUAAUCCCCAGAGAUCGGGAAAUAAUAUCGCAGAAUUUAUCGGAUCUUUGUGACGGCCGUGCGGUGCAGUCGGAGCGGACGUUAUUCCAGUCCAGUUAUUCCCCUCGACUUUGGUUCGUUUGCAAAUCUCUAAACACUUUAAAGAUGGGAAUUAUUGCGUGUGUUUUUAUAUACAGUCUAUGGUCUGUCGCUGUGUGGGGAUGCUGACUGAAGAAUAACGUAAAGAAAUCACUUUUUUUCGAGUAUAUACACUUGGAUCUACUUCAGCUACCGUUAAAAAAAGAAUUAGGACCUUUAUCGAUGUAGUUUCUGUUAACGGUGAUUCUUUCUAUCUCGCCACUUCAGAGUUUUGUUGGAAAUAUUAAAUAUAUUCAAUUUAGUGAUUGAUUGACAUUCUGAAAAUCUGCGUUUAUUGAUUUGGGAAAAACUGAUUAGUUUGUGAAACUGGAUGCUAACUUUUGCUAAGCCCCUCCCCCCCGAGCAGUGACCAUAGUAGCGAGGCAUUUCACCAGGUACAACCGCUCCAAUCAUAACAGCGAUCCAAACAAUUUAUAGAAUGUUAGGUUAGAUUUUGUCCUUUUCCAAAACGCUUUAGUCCAAAAUCAACAAAUCACUCUUUCUGUAACUGGUUUAGAAAAAUGAGCUUGCUUUAGGGGGAGGGGCUUAGCGAACGUUAAUGUCCUCUCUUCACUGUUCGAACAAACCAAAUAACCAGGUUUGUUAAUGAAAAACGAUUCUAUAACCAAACAAUUCCCUGUUUUUUUUGCAAUAUGCGUUUGUUUACCAAUGGAAGUGUUGAUCAUGGAGUCCUCAGCUUUUAUAUAUGUGUAUAUAUAUAUAUAUCUAUAUAGAUAUAUAUAUCUGAAUGUU